GUGCAGACCUCCGAAACUGGGAUUCCUGUGUAUUAAAAUGUUAAAGUGGUGUAAAAAGUACUGGCUACUGUUACCGGUGGUUUUUGUGGUAUUGGAAGUAGUACAAGCUGAACAUGAAUUUGAGAGUGCCAGCGCAGAGCUCGACGAUGAGUUUGAGCUAUUGAAGGAGGUUUAUAAAAAGAAUCUAGUACAGGAUUUGUCGAACAAUGUUAACGUCGAUGGUAAUGUAUUGGAAGCCAUUAUUACAAAAAGAGUAAACAGUUUUGCACACGAUUGGCAACAGUACGCGGGCAAUGGCCACCGAACCCGACGAGAAGCUAACGAUGCCGACACCGAUGCCGACGCGGCCAUUGAGGCUGAUACAGCUGCAGCACGCCAUCUCUACCUCAAAGGUUUCCGUGAGCGAGGCUACGUUCCUGUUAAUUUUCCCGUCGACAUCUGUUUACUUCGGGUGGGAAAAACUAUAUUUGCCGCCGCCCUUCACCACAGUGAGACCAGUAACCGAACCAUUAAUGCAACUACCGUGUCAUUUUAUCGCAGGGUUAAGGGAAAAUUCGAAAAAUAUCUCGAACAUCAAGCCGUUACCGCGCGCCAUUUUGAUUGCGUGUCGAUCGCACACCUCGGUUUCGUAGCGGUGGCCAACUAUCACGACCAGGAGCUGAAUGUGUUCGACGAGGGAUCGCCCGUGUUUCAGAUUCAAGAGGAUGGCACAACGGAAAUCGUGCAAACGUUCGGACAACCAAACCAGCACACGGUUCAUCUAUGGGUGCAUGGAAAGAACGUGUACCUAACGCACACCUACACCAAUCUGGAUGCGAGCCGACAGAACGUUUGUCCCCUGUACCGCUGGUCGGGGUAUAACUUCGAUAUAGUAGAUCACAUGCCGUGCUACAAUGCUGUCCAGAUAGAACCGUUUUCGAUUGAACAACAGAUGUUUGUUGCAGUCGCAAGGCAAAUGACCGCCGGCGGAACGCGAAAGGAUAGCUUUUCCGACAUUUUCGUCCUUAAUCCGGAUACGCAGAAGCUUACGCUUCACCAGCAGAUCUAUACAUACUCUGUGUCCGAUAUAGCCUAUUUCUUCAUAGAAGACCGCGAGCGCCGGGAGCACUUUCUCAUGACGGGAAACUCACUGACGGCCGGCGGUGGUAAGGGCAAUAAUGAAGAAGGGCGAACGACAUCGAGAGAUGCUGAUCAAAACUCGAUCGUAUACAAGUUUGUCGAUGGAUUCUUUGUGCCCUUCCAAACCGUGGAACUGAACGGGAUAAAAAUGUUUCUUCCUGUUGUGCAUGAAAAUGGUGAGUUCCUGCUACUUGUCCUAUGUCAUGAUCAACCUUUGCUGAUCUAUGAGUACGAUGGCUGGAAGCUGGUACCCUCGCGAAUAGAUUACACGGGUGAAGCGUUCGCAGCCGGAGUGUCCCAUAUGCGCGUCUACAGGCACAUUGUAAACGCAAGCGUGAUCGUCAUUGCCAAUAGUAACCUCUUUGGGAAGUCGGUUAAUCUUUUCACUCCACAGUACGGGGUGGAAAAUGAUUUGCGACAGGUGUACGCUCACUUCAUCGAAUGGUGCGAACGAAUGCACGAACAGACCGCUCAGGUGAACCUGGAGGAAUUGUACAAUCGGCUUGCGGAACUACCGGACAAUGCACCGGACGGUGCCCGUUCAAUAGAUAAACAUAUAGAACUGCAGGAUUCGUUUGUGAGCAAGGCAAAGGCAAGUUCCAUUAAAACGAAAAACAUUCUGAUCGACGACGCCCAUCUGUCGUACGUGGUGGAGGUCAACGAGUACGUGCAGAGAGUGAAUGAGAAGAUGGAUCGGGUCGAGAAAACCAUCCAGGAAAGCGUGCUAACGAAUGGCACUGUACACUGGCAUGGUGAUCUUGAAGUGUCGGAAUUGAUUGCCCCAGCCGGCCAAAUGAAACAACUGGACGUGAAGGUGCUUAACAAUGGUGCUCAUAAGACACGUCAAGCGGAAGAUUCAACUGCACGAGUCGAAGCUGAUGCAACGGUGGUGGAUCGUUUAAUAGUCGACCGUUUCGCCAAUGUUCGAUUCUGGAAUGGACACGCAGCCGAGAGUCUUCUGUUGACCGAUGAUCCACCCGCAAAAUGGAAGGAUCUUUCUGUGACCGCCGAAAAGGUGGUGGUUGGGGGCAAUCUGUACGUGAACAAGCUGAUCGACGGGAUAUUUUUCCACCCCAGUAACGUGCUGCUUCCUGGCGUUGAUCAGGUACUAAGUGGGCAUAAUCUGGUAGUGAAAGAUUUGAACGUAAAUCGGCUGACAAGUAAACGGUUGAACUCUACCGAUGCCGCUGCCGUACAUCGCAUGAUGGAUCAGUCGAGAACACUGCUUGCCAAAGCUCGUGGCGCUAUGCCGCAGGCUUAUGGAAACGAUUUCGAUACGAUCGAUGUGGAUGAUCUGAAGUUGACCGGGCUGUUGAACGAAAUGGAUCCUAGAUAUCUGACAGAAAACGUGCUUCUGCAUGAGGCUGAAAGCCAAGAGUUGGGCUCAAAGCUGGUUGUCGAUCAGAUCACAGCGGAUAAUAUAGUUAUUUCUGAUUCGAACCUGUCUGGCAUUGAAUGGGAGAACGUCGCACGAAUCAAUGGCGCACAGCAAAUCCUACAGGAUCUUCAGUUCGUGCAGCCGAUAACGGUGGACAGUUUGGUUCUUCGCGAUCGUCUUAACCAUAUUCCGGUCAUCGGUGGUAAGCUGCAGGUGCUCUUGCUCGACUCGAACGAAACGCAAUCCAUUACCGGAACGAAAACGUUCGACUAUGUGACGUUGCUAAAGCCAAUCGAGUUGCAGGGGAAGAUUGAUGGAGAGGCACUCAGCAAAAUGAAUCCUAUUGUAACGACCGUUGAAGAUCUCGUCCUGGAUGGGAACUACACGAUCUUUGGAAACGUGACGUUCAAUGGUCCACUGUGGGCGCAUAACAUUAUGUCCGCCAGCGGUUCGCACGAUUUCCAUCGACUCGCUACGCACGGACUGCGGUUGGAUGGCACGCCGGCGUCGAACCAAGUGAUUCGAUUCUUGCAACCUGUGUUUGUGGAGCACCUGGGUGCAAACAAAAUCAACGAGUUGGAAGUAGACGACCUCGUACCGCAGGCGGCAGGCAGCGUGCAGUAUAUAACAGGAAGAAAGACUUUCGUCGGAGACCUCAUCAUCGACGGUGUGGCGGAUGCGAACGAAAUCAAUAAAGUUGACCUUAACCAGCUUAAUCGUACAAUCUUCCGUCGCGGAGCUGAAGGUGUUGAGCAAACGAUCGAGGGAACAAUUCACUUCGACACGAUCAUCACGUCGGUAACAAACGCGAAAAACAUCCUUUUCGAAGGGAAACGAAUGGACAGGCUACUGCGAUUCGAUAUACCUCAAAAUGUCAGUGCACCGGUACGAUUUGAAAACUGUACCAUUUACGUGGAAAAUGCGGUAGUCGCCCAGGAGCUGCAGAGCGACAAUAGUUCGCUGGUGUUUGGAUACGAUAUGGAUUAUCUCUACCAGGAUACUCUGCGUCCUGAGACGGAUGUAGCAACGGAAGCACCGGUUGUGGUGGGACAGAAAAGCUUUAGAAAUCUCACCGUCGGUCAGCUGGUGCUGCUCGAUGGUUCAACGAUAAACUCCAUCGCAGUGGAGAGCAUUAAGCAUAUUUUGGACGACAGGGAAAAUCGCACCAUCGUAAAGCAAGAGUUGUACUCCUUCCAGAGUGACAUUACGGUGAACCAUCUGUAUUUCGAUGGUUCUAUCAACGGAAUACCGAAAAAUUUGUUCUGCCGUGCAUGGCUCAUGCGAACGGGUGACCAAACAUUUACCGUUGAGCAAACGUUCGAUACGGUAAUGGUAGAACAUUUGAAUGUCACUGGCAAGCUUAACGGCGAUACCACAAUGGACCAAUUGCUGGAAAAUGUAUAUCGUACCGAUCGGGAAGAAUACAUCAGCCAAGCCAUCUUUCAUGAAGGAAUCGUUUCCUACGAGCCAUGUUCGGUAGGCGGACUGGUGUCUGGAUUGAAUCUGUCUAACGAUGUACUUCUUAAGCAGUCACCCGAGAUACAAUCGCUGGGCACGGUCCAAGUUUCGCAGAUACUGGAGGCAAGGGGAGAACUCCACAUACUCAACCAUUUGAAUGGAAUUCACUUCCCAAAGCUGAUGGAGUUCUUUUCCCCGGCUGACGACCAGGGAAGGGCUGAGCGUUUACCGCCGAAUGUUGAAGUACGUGGCAAUGUGUACUUCGAACACGAUCCGACCAUGAUCCACUUGAACGGACAUAAUAUUCAAAAACUGUACGACGAGGUGUGGCUACCCCAUCGCCCGACAGUGCUUACCGGGAGAUACCACUUUGAGAGUGUUGAAUUUCAAAAUUCGCUGCACACUAAUGGCCAGCCAGUAAAUCAUCUCGAUUGGAACGUAGUGGAGGCACGAUGCUUAAGCGGGAAAAGACCGCAAAAUAUAUCCGCUCCAUUGCUGUUUGAAGGAGAUGUCACGAUUUAUGCAGGUGCCGCAUUUGAUACUCUGGGACUCAAAGGAAUGGUCAAAUCGAUGAAAAACUCUCCUGGAUUAGAUGUGCACGAAUAUGAUAGAAAUGCCUUACGUCACAACGAAAACCAAGAAAUCACGGGAAAUUGGAUGUUCCAUAAUUUGCAAAUAUUAGGAGAUCUUCACAUUGAUAUGUUAAAUGGACACAGCGUGCAAACGGAUUAUAUGCGUACCGAUGUUCCUGCUAACAAUUUUACGGUUGCAAAACGAUUCCGUGAGCUGCACGUGGAAAGCAUCGUGUGUCCUCCACCAUGUGUAAUACAAGAGGUAGAUAUGGAUGAGUGGUACAAGAAUGGGCUGCGUUUGAAAGGCAAUCAAACCCUUGAGGGCACUCUUCGAAUCGUUGAUGGUGUAAUUACUGGAAAUGUGGAAGUGCUAGGGACGGUGAACGGCGUAAGGUACGAUAUAGACCACUUGCUGUUAAAAUCGGUUCCACAAAGGGUAAACGGUACCAUGAGUUUGAUAACUAAGUUCCCCAAAGAAAACAAAAUUUACCCUCUAGUGUUUGAGUCGCUACAUGCGCAAACGAUAAACCGUAAAGAUGUAGCGAAGUUUCUAACUAAUGCCGCGAGAAAGGACAAAAAUCCACUUACGAUAAACAACUCAGUAACACUUGUCAAUCCGCUAGAAGUGGAUGAAACUUUGCUCGAAGGAGACAUGCUAUUCGGGACGAACAUAACGCAUCUGAUUCUAAGCACUUCCUAUCACACUGGUGUAAAUGAACUAGCAGCGCAAGUACGCUCAUUGAACAGUGUGAAUGAGAAGCUGUCCGAGAAUGUCUUUGAAAGUAGUCCUGUCUUUAGCCAUUUUGAUAAACUGAAAUCAUUGCCGAUUAAUGCAGUGAGGAUGCUAGUAUUCACCCUACCAUUAUUUCCAAAACCAGUCGAAGUCGUGGCUGUUCACUUGGCUGAAUCUGGUAGACCAUCAGCAAUUAAUUUCUAUCUGUGGAAUAGCAAAGAAUCGCGUUUAACGCCUGCUAAAAACAUCCCAUCGAUCGUUGGACGUGAACGUGUGAUCGUAAAUAUGAAGCGGCUUAAUCUAGGAACAAAUCAACACAUGUUCCUACAGUUCUUCGAACAGAAAAGCAACUACUUUAUACAACAGAUCUUAGAUUUGCAUGUUGAUCCAACGGGAGUGAACAAAUUUGCGGCUCUCUACGUUAUGAAUAGCACUCAAGCACGGGAUGUCAUCUGGAUGAAGCUAGGUAAACUCGAUUGCAUAAUCAUGUACUCUAAGGGAAUGAUCGGCUUUGAGGUUCGUUGUUUGCGGGAACAAAACCUGAUUCCAAUACUCGAUGUGCGCCAGCUUGAAGAAACGGUAGCCCCUAUACAGAUCGUGGCCUUGGAGAACCACUUUGUGAUGCUUGACAACAACGAAAGAAUUCAAAUUUGGCGCCCAACUGCCAACUUUUACCUUAAGCAUCACCAGACCAUAUCCGUGUCGCGUCCAUCUUACAUCAGUGUGGCAAGGUACGAAAAUCAGCUAAUGCUUGCAAUCAAUUCGGAGCACACCCCAAACACAGCUCAUCACGGAUCAAUAGAAAUAUGGCGUAAAUCGCUCUCCACCUUAAAUAGCACAUUCACACAACAUCAAUUGAUACUGACGAAGGUUCCGAAGCAGUUGCAGUUUUCAGUGCUACCAUCGAACGAGCUACUGUUGUACACGUUAACGGAAAAUUGGUUACAUCCACUAGUAGUGUAUAGAUAUGAAGGGGUAACCGGAUUCAGGGAGGUGUUGACUAGCAAUACCAUUCGUCAGAAAGCGAAACGGCUAUCGGUACUGAAGUUCCGGCAAGCACGAAAAGAAAUCGUUGCCAUAGUAGGCCCUGAGUCUACAGAUUUUGUAAAUGUUGUUUUUGUUUGAUUGUUAUUUCAAAAAAGUUCUCAAACAUAUUCAAGAUGUGAAUAUGUUGAUAAAUAUAUUGAUUGUUAUUUAAAUGAA